AUGAGGAAAGUCUUACUAGCUACACUCUAGUUACUUUUAUGUGCAUCUUUAGCCUCUGCUUAAGAGGAAUUUUAAUAUGAAGAUGGUGUCCUUAUAGCCACCAGCUAAAAUAUUGAUAAAAUCAUUGCUCACUUCAAUGGUACAUUUUUACUCGAACUCUACGCUCCUUGGUGCGGGCAUUGUAAGAGAUUGUAACCACUAUACAAUGCAGCAGCUUAGAAGCUCUCAGCUUAGGAGAACCCAAUAUAACUUGUCAAAGGUAAUGCAGCAGAUGACAGAUCGUUAGGUAUGAGAUAUGGAUUGAGAAGUUACCCAACUAUUGUAUUCUUAAAGAAUGGUAUUGUUUAUAAAUACACUGGAGCAAGAACUGAGGAAGGAAUAAUUGCAUGGCUCUCAUAGAGAACUCAUCCCACAGCUGAACUGAUCACCUGCACUCAGCUGGCUCAUAAGGUCAAAGCUAAUUAGCUAAAUUUAGUUCUCUUUGCUGAGGAAUCCUCAACUUAGCGCGAUACAUUGGUUAAGUUAGCUUAAGACCAUAGUUUCUAUGAUAAAUACGGUUUUUAUCAAGUUUCUGAACCUGACUGUGCAGUUCAACACUAAAUCGGUUCAACUCCAGCAUUUGCUAUUUUCAGAAAUUUCGAUGAGCCUAUUGUAAACUAUUCAGGAGAUAUUUCUGAAUAAAAUCUCAAAAGCUUUAUUAUUAAACAGUCCAUCCCAUCUUUGUUUUACGUGAAAGAUGGAGAUGAUGUGAGGAAUAUUUUAGAAUUAGGUCACAAAGUUGCAAUCAUGUUUUCUGAGAAUAGAGAUAGCUCGAACACGCUAUAUCAAGCAUUCAGAGCUGCUUCUCAAACCUAUAGAGGAAAAAUGCUUUUUGCCAUAUCAGGAAUGCAAGAUGGUGCCCAAGAUAAGAUUAGAGGUCACUUUGGAUUGCACAAUACUCAAUAUCCUAUCAUCGGUAUUAUAGAUCAAGACCCUAAUCUAAAGUAUAUCUUAAAUGUUGAUGAGGAAACUACCAGUGAAGAGCAAAUUAAUGGGUUUAUUAAUGACUUUUUUGGAGAUAAAUUAUCAAAAUACAUCAAAUCUGAAGACAUUCCUGACGAAUCAUCUCAUGAUGAUGUUUUUACAAAAGUCGUGAGCAAGACAUUUGAACAAGAAGUCUUAAAAAGUUAGAGCAAUGUUGUUGUAGUCUAUACUACUAGAAGAUGCUAGAAUUGCCCAAAAAUUCAGUAAAUGAUAAGAUCCCUAGCCCCAAAGCUUAGAUAGUAAAACAGCAACUUGAAGUUUGUGGUAUUCGAUGAUUACUAUAAUGAGCAUGAAGGUAGAAAUAUCAAGGGUCAUCCAGAGUUAAGGAUUUAUGCUGAGAAUAAGCCGUAGUCAGUUGAGUAUUCAGAUAAGAUGGAUGAAUAGAAAUUAUCAAAGUGGAUUCUAGACAAUGCAAAACUAGCCUUACCAGUGGAAAACGUACCUAUUGAGGAAGUUAAGCAAGAAUAGGCUCCAGAAGAAGUUAAGCAAGAGCAAGCACCAGAAGAAGUUAAGCAAGAGCAGGCUCCAGAAGAAGUUAAGCAAGAGCAAGCACCAGAGGUAGUUAAACCCGAAGCAGAAGUCAAGAAAGAAGAACUUUGA